UAAAUAAUUUCAUUCGUGGCAACCGGACAGGACAGCAUGCGUAGCCUCUCGUCCUAAAUGUGGCAUCAACUCAGAAACUCAAAACAAAACAAAAACAAAUGGAGAUCAAGUUGCUGCUGCUUCUUCUUGUUGUUCAGCAUGCUUAUUCAAGAUCUACCGUCAGAUAUCUUCCUGGUUUCCAAGGGCCUCUUCCUUUCGAGCUUGAAACCGGGGCCUCUGUCUUUCAACAUUGAGUCUGACAAUGGAGAUAUCCCGUCAUUGGUGGCCAAUAUAAUCUAUUUGGAUCAGCCUGUUGGGACCGGCUUCCCUUACUCAAGAAAUUCAAUUGCCGAGAUUCCAAGUGACACAAGAUCAGCUAAGCUGGUGAAUGAGUUUGUUCAUAAUUGGCUUACUAAGCAUCCUGAAUAUUAUUCAAAUCCUUUCUAUGUCACCGGAAACUCUUAUUCCGGUAUAGUGGUUCCCGCCAUUGUUCAAGAAAUCUCAAAUGAAAAUGGUUUAUGUUGUAAACCUCUAGUAAAUCUUCAGUGUGUUUCUGGAUUAUAUAUAACAUAUAUUCUAGGACUAAAGUAUGCAAACGCAUCCGAUCCCUGUGUAAGCAAUCCCUCUGAGCAUCGCAUGUCUGUGCAUUCUAACUGUUGGGCCAAUGAUGAGAAUGUGCGCAGAGCUCUUCAUGUGGAGAAGCGGUGAUCACGAUAUGACAAUCCCUUAUGUUGCAACGCAAGCAUGGAUAAGGUCUCUCAACUAUUCCAUUACUGAGAAAUUGAGGCCAUGGAUAAUACUUAAUAAAGUCGCCGGAUACACCCAGACUUAUGCUAACAAGAUGACAUUUGCUACUGUGAAGGGAGGUGGGCACACGUUAGAGUAUAAACCAGAGGAAAAUUCAAUCAUGUUCGAGAGGUGGAUAAGUGGUCAACCUCUCUAAUCACAGAAACUCAUGGAGACUUGGACUGAUCUAACUAAUAUUAAUGCAGAAAGGUGUAUGGUUUGAUGAAUCUACCAUGUAUAAAUGUUACUAUAGAGUACUUGUGGGUUUUCUUAGAGUAUUAUUUUGUUAAAAGAUUGCCUUAUAUCCAGUAUUGUAUAAAAAGAAACAUCGUUUUCAGAGAAAUGACAAAAUCUGCAAGUUACAAGUGUCAAACUUGAUGACUUGAAGAGUGUUACGUUGGACUAA